CCUCAAAACCGAAGUCGGUGAGCCUCUCUCUCUCUCAUAAACAGAUCUAAAAAACCAAAGAAACGAGAGAACAAAAUCAGGGCUCUCUUCCUCUUACAUAUAUAUAAAAGCACAGAUUUAUAAAUCUUUGCUUCCCUCUCUCGAUUCUUUUUUUGUAUAAAAGCUUCAACCUUUUUCUCAAUUCUUCAGUCUUCCUUUCGCCUAAUUCCCUUCAUCGUUUCAAAGCUACGAAACCCUAGUUUUCGUGUUCGAAGCUCGGAUUCGCUCGCUCCUUAUCGAAAGAGGAAUGGCCGAACAAGGAUUGGAAGGGAGUAAUCCAGUGGACCUUGUCCAGCAUCCUUCAGGGAUUGUUCCUACUCUUCAAAACAUAGUUUCUACGGUGAACUUAGACUGCAAGCUCGAUCUUAAAGCUAUAGCUUUGCAGGCUCGGAAUGCUGAAUAUAAUCCCAAGCGUUUUGCUGCCGUGAUAAUGAGAAUCAGAGAACCGAAGACUACAGCAUUAAUAUUCGCUUCAGGGAAAAUGGUCUGUACUGGAGCCAAGAGCGAGUACUUUUCAAAGAUGGCUGCAAGAAAGUAUGCUAGAAUUGUGCAGAAAUUGGGAUUCCCUGCAAAAUUCAAGGAUUUCAAGAUUCAGAAUAUAGUAGGUUCUUGUGAUGUCAAAUUUCCUAUAAGACUUGAAGGUCUUGCUUACUCUCACGCUGCUUUCUCAAGUUAUGAGCCCGAGCUCUUCCCAGGGCUUAUUUACAGGAUGAAAGUGCCAAAAAUCGUUCUUCUAAUAUUUGUCUCUGGAAAGAUCGUGAUCACAGGAGCCAAGAUGAGAGACGAGACCUACAGAGCCUUUGAGAAUAUAUACCCCGUCCUCUCGGAGUUCAGGAAGAUACAGCAAUAGAUCACAGAUUUGGAGGAGGAUUUGUUCCCUGCGAAACUAGUUGUGCGGUCUUAGCCCCUCGGAGUUGCUAAAGCUUGCUGAGAAUUUGGCCCUUGAACAAAGGCUUUCACAGUAGCUAGACUCUCUCACCUUGUGUUUUGGUUCAUAAUAGAACAUUUGUAAAUACACAAUGGAAAUUCCAAAGACAAUUCUUCGGUUCUUUUCCCAAAAUGUGUCUUACAUGUAUCCUCUCACUUCCCACAUAUGUUAAAUGUACAACCUUAAACUCAGUGUUCAGCACCA